GGACAUUAAUUGUGGGUUUGCGGUACUCUUUUGUUUCUCACGCGAGAAGGACCGUGUUAUUACAGAGAUACAGAGGAGACGCUGCGAUCGGACUUUAAUUCAGUUGUAUAAAUAGUCUGAGGAUUAGCAGGAAAAUGCAGACCUUCACAGCGAUAAGAUCAUUUGUUUUUCAGUAUCCUAAAACUAUUGCUGUGGUCACAGUAACAGGAGUGGGACUGUUUGGCGUGAAGACAUGGAUGGCAGGUAGAGCGUGUCGCAGCAAAGCCUUGUUGGAUGGAAAGACUGUCUUGAUCACUGGAGGCAACACCGGGAUUGGAAAAGAAACGGCUGUUGACUUGGCCAGAAGGGGUGCGAGGGUCAUCCUGGCCUGCAGAGACAUGGACAGAGCUAAUAAAGCUGCAGAGGAGGUGAAGAAGAGGAGCGGAAAUGACAACGUUGUUGUGAAAAAGCUGGACUUGGCGUCUCUACAGUCGGUGCGACAACUCGCCAGAGACAUUCUGGCGAGUGAAGAGAGGCUGGAUGUUCUCAUCAAUAAUGCAGGCAUUAUGAGCUGUCCAAGAUGGCUUACUGAAGACGGCUUUGAAAUGCAGUUUGGCGUCAACCACCUGGGCCACUUCCUUUUAACAAACUGCCUGCUGGAUCUGCUGAAGAAGUCGGCUCCGAGCCGCGUCGUCAACGUCUCCAGUUUAGCUCAUGAAAGAGGUCAGAUCCGUUUUGACGACAUACAUCAGGAGAAAGAUUACCACCCGUGGAGAAGCUAUUCACAAAGUAAACUAGCUAAUGUCCUUUUUACAAGGGAGCUGGCUAACAGACUGCAAGGUACCGGAGUGACAACAUACAGCCUCCACCCUGGAGUAAUCCGGACAGAGCUGGGCCGACACUUCUGGCCCACAAUGCCUCUGUGGAAGAGAGUCGUGUACACACCACUCAUGUUCCUCAUCAAGUCUCCAACAGAAGGCGCUCAGACCACCAUCUACUGCGCUGUGGAGGAGAGCCUGCAGAAUGACAGUGGACUCUACUACAGCGACUGCGCCCCUAAAACAGCGGCCCCUCAGGCUCGGGAUGAUGAAGCUGCCAGGAAGCUGUGGGCUCUGAGUGCCUCUAUGGUUGGUCUGACAUAAUCACAGUGGCAUUGAUGACCACCAUCAUCAUCAUCAUCAUCAUCAUAGUACCAAAGGACUGCCAAUUGGCCUGAGGAAGGACUGGUGCUCUUUCUAAUGAGCAUCUGCGCGUCUACGGUCAGCUGAGCUCCGUCUUAAUGUGACAAAUGAGUAAACAGACAGGCAUUCACAAGUGAUAGACAUUUAUUCAGAAUAUACAACAAACUACUUGCAAAAAUACUAUGGAAUUCAUUAUGGGUUUUUUUCUCAAACAGAAGCAAUGCUUCACAGGUAAGUUACAUGGAAGCAGUAUGAUCUUUAGUUCUGAUUGCCAUUAGCGUGAAAUGACAUCUUAAAUGACAAGUUUCACCAAUGUCUGUUGACUAAGGGCUCAAAAGUCAUUCAAUGUUUCGUGUUAAUCAUCCAAAAGAAUUACAUGUGCUUUGAAGGUUUUUGUAACACUGUUAAAAGCAACAUUUUUUUUCUCCUGGGCAAUAAAGUGCUGUUAAACAUA